AUGUAAAAAAAAAACAAAAAAAACAAAAAAAAAAGAUAUUUUUUUUUUAAAAUAAAUAAGAUAAAUUUUACACUAGGAGAAAUAUUUUAUACUUAAAAAAAUUAUGAAAAAGCUUUAUUUUAUUUAAAAUAAGCCUUUAAAAUUUCAGACUAAAAAUAAUAAAUACUCUUAAAAAUAGCCUCAUGUUUUUAAAAACAAAAUAAUAUUUAAGAUUCUAUAAAAACAUAUGAAUAAGCUAUUUAAAUAAAUACCAAAAAUCACAUUCCUUAUUUAAAAUUAGGAUGGUUAUUGGUAAAAAAUAAUUCAAUAUAUUUAGGAAUAGAUAAUUUAUUAAAAGCUUAAUGUUUAUAACCUAAUAAUUUUAAAAUAACAUAAAAAUUAGGAGAGGCAUAUCUAUUAUUAGAAAGUAAUGAAGAAACUGAAAAUGCCAUUUUUCAUUUAAUGAAAGCAUUAGAAAUAGAUGAAAAUAAUUAUAAUUGUUUGAUUGGAUUAGGUAAAGCUUAUGAAAUUAAAGGAGAUUAUGAUAAGGCUAUAUAAUUUACCAAAUUAGCAAUAUAAUAUUCUGAAAAAGAAAAAUUUAAUUUAAAUUCUAUAUUUUUUUUAGGAUUAUUAUUUUAGAAAAAAAAAGACUAUUUAAAUGCUUAAAAAUAGUAUUAGAAAAUUUUAAUUAAUAAUUCUAAACAUAUUGGAGCUUUAAUAGAAAAUGCAACUAUUUUUAAUUAUUUAGAAAACAUUUAAUAAUCUAUUAUUUAUUUUAAAUAAGCUUUAUAAUUAGAACCUAAUAAUAAAAUAGCAAAUAUGCGUUUAGGAAAAAUAUAUCAAUUUAAAUCUUUCGAAUAUUAAAAAGCUAUAAAACAUUAUGA